AAACAGCUGGCAAUCAAAUGUCUAUCAAUAGUGAAGCAAAGUUCGACUUUUAUUAUUAUUCAUCGUAUUCUCCUUUAGAUUUAACAAUGUUACGAACGGGGUGUAAAAUAGCUUUAGCGAGGACAAUUUUGAAGCCAUAUGCAAGUUCAUACGAAUUGCUCGCUAAUUAUACGUCUGUGCAGUCAGAAACUCAAAUGAACAUUCAAAAUUUGCCAAGAUUGCCAGUUCCAAAACUUAGUGAUACUUUAGAAAAAUAUUUGCGAACAGUCAAACCUCAUCUUAAUGAAGAUGAAUUCUCUAAAACAGUCAAACUUGUGAAAAACUUUGAAACAGGGGAGGGGAAAAGGCUUCAAAGUUUAUUGGAGAAAAGAGCACAGACUCAUUUAAAUUGGCUCGAAGAAUGGUGGUUGAAAACAGCUUAUCUUGGAUAUCGUGAUCCUGUCGUCGUGUUUUCAAGCCCUGGGCUGGUGUUCCCAUUUCGUAAAUUCAAAACCCAAUUAGAGCAACUGCAGUAUGCGGCUAAAACGAUACUUGCUACCCUGGAAUAUAAAGCAUUAAUAGAUGGGGAUAAGUUACCUGUAGAGAUGAUGGGUAAGAGUCCUUUAGACAUGUCACAAUAUAAAAAAGUAUUCGGAACUUGUAGAGUACCCGCUGAUAAAAUCGACAGGUUGUCUUAUAAUGAUACUAAAUACGUGACAGUUAUUCAUAAUGACCAUAUUUUCCAUGUCGAUUUAUGGGGUGAUGAUAAUCAAAUGUUGAAUGAAGAUCAAAUAGUGAAGCAGCUCAAGGACGUUAUGGAACAUUCAAAAUCUCGAACAGAUACACCGGUCGGGAUUUUGACAUCAGAAAAUCGCGACGUUUGGGCGAAAGCCUACAAUAUCUUAGUGAAAGAUAAUGUUAACAGAGAAAACUUAGCAGACAUAGAGAAAAGCCUGGCCAUACUUUGUCUAGAUGCACCAGUUGGACUUUGGAAUUGCUCCAAUAAAAACGCCCAGCAGAAUUUAGCUGGUGCACAAACUAUUCACGGCGGUGGUUCUAGCAGUAAUGGAGGCAAUCGUUGGUUUGAUAAAACAAUACAGUUCAUAGUUGGUGCCGACGGAGUGACAGGCCUUACUUACGAACAUACUCCCGCUGAAGGACAACCCAUAGCAAUUUUGACAGAUUUCAUUAUUAAUUAUUUAGAACAAGGAAAAACUGGAACUUCACAAUCAGCUAGUCCAAAACAGCCUAAACAUUUGAAGUUCAAUGUUAACUCUGACGUUAAAAACAUGAUCAACAAAGCUAAAGAGAAUUUAGACAGAUUAGCAAAUAACCUGGAAUUGAAUUGUUUUACCUACGAAAAGUACGGUAAAAAUUUUAUUAAGUCGCAAAAGCUAAGCCCAGACAGCUAUUUACAAAUGGCUAUGCAGUAUGCUUUUUACAAGCUCCAUAAUACUCCUGGCGCGCACUACGAAUCUGCAGCCACAAGGAUGUAUGUGGGUGGACGUACGGAAACGAUUAGAUCAUGUUCUAUAGAGUCAGUAGAGUUCGCUAAAACCAUGUUAAAUACUCAAAGUUCACCCAAGGACAAACUUCAAGCAAUGCAGAAGGCUAUAAAUGCGCAUAAACAUUAUACUGUACAGGCACUUCAAGGUUUAGGUGUGGACCGACAUCUGCUUGGAUUAAAACUUAUUGCCAUUGAAAAUGGAAUUGAUAUUCCCAAACUAUACUCAGAUGCGGGAUUUGUUAAAAGUGCUCAUAUGAGAAUAUCUACAAGUCAGGUAGCCUGCAAAUGCGACGGGUUUAUGUGCUAUGGGCCACUUGUAGAUAAUGGCUAUGCCACUUGUUAUAAUCCACGCGAUAACGAUGUCAACUUUGCUACAUCAGCGUUCAAAGCCAAUCCCGAAACAGACUGUAUUAAGUACAGAGGAGCCUUAGAACAAGCGUUGCAAGAUAUGCAUGAUGUGCUGUUACAAAAUACGUCAUCCAAGUUAUAAACGAUUAUACUUCAUAAAUAUUUACCUAUGGUGGAGGGCUAAUACUUCAUUGUGCUAGAAAAGCAUUUAUAUACGUUAGAAGGUAACAAAUAUAUAAAUUAAGACAAUACAUUGAACUGUGGUUAUGAAAGUUGUAUGUAUUCAAUUUAUUAUAUCUGUAACUAUAUCUUAUACUUCCACUGGUACUAUUUAAAUAUCAAUGUAAUAGGCAUUUCGGAUAUUAUGCUGGAUCGUCUAGUGCGUUCAAAGGUGGAUCCAGCUAUCAAAUCGGGGGGAUAAGAAGUCCCAAGUCGAGAUCGAGUCAAGACAAUACAACAAUGUAAUUCAUUUUAAUUCUUUUAUCAUUACAAAAUCUAUGAAGCAUGUAAUCAGUGUCGAUCUCAAAGGAGAUGUUAAGGCCUCAAACAACCAGCCACUCUAAUGUCAUGCCAUUGCAUACUCUGCGUACUAGUAUUAGUUGUGAAAUAAUAUUUGAAUAUAUGUGUAUUUUUAUUUUGUAAACAUAGAAUGUACACACGGUUUCACGUCAGGUUACAAUAUGUUAAAUUUCUGCAAUGGAUUUUGACCUCUACUCCCGUUAUAUUAAGGUUUAAAAUAGAGUCUGACGUGCGGUUGACUGUAUCUACUGAAAUACACUUGAAAUGGAAGACUUAUAAAUAGUGAGUGUUCUGUGUAUACCUACCAAUUGUAAAUUCAUGAUUUUUAUCUUUUAUGGUGUGGAUUUGUAUUCGGUAAUUGGAAAUGAGAAGACUGUUUAAAUUUUGAAUAACUAAGGAAGUUGCUAUGUAAAAUCGUAUGAGAAAUAUACCUAAUAAGAGGUACAGAGUUGACACUGUAACCAAUCCUGUGCUGAUGAUGAAUUUAUACUCGUAGAAAAGUAUUGUAAAUAUAUACAUUUUAAUAAAUAAAAAAUAUAUUUAUACACUGUACAAACGUUUAUUUCUAAUGAAUACAUUAAAUACCGCCAUUAUUGUUGCCAUCUAAGAACAAUUGCCUUUUCGAUAUGAUGGACUGAAAAUUUUAUUAAGACUUGCUUAUAUCUACCCUUAACUCACUACAGCAUAUACAGUACCUUAGUAGGUACUCAUUUAAAUCUAUUAUUCUCUAAAUUUAUUAAAUUACUUGUUCUAAGUAUAGGUAGUAAAUAAAAAGUGUUAAAUGUUAAAACAUCCACCAAAAUUCAAGCAUUUCAUUUUUUAAUUCAGUGUAAAAUACAUAAUCUUCCUUAUUUCAUUGCACCCGGC